CAGAUUUGCGGUGACCACCAGAAAAAUGUGGAAAGUGCAGCGGUGUGGAUUAAGAGCCUGAUUUUAGAGUCCCAGAAUGAAUAUAUUAUCUCGGAUGAAUCAAUCUCAAACUUUGGAGAAAGCGAAUAUAAAAACCUGGAGAAACUCCAGAAAAAGUUGCACAUUGCCAUUAAACUAGAUAAUGAAGCUUCUCUUCCCUCGCUUUGCAUUUGUGGGAUAACUAAAGAUGUCUUGCAAGCCAGUACAGAAAUACAGAUGAUGAUGAGAAGGAUCCGAGAGGACAGAGAAGAAAAAUCCAAGGCAGAGCUUCUGACAAACCUUGUUUUGUGGCGGUAUGAAGACAAUGGGGAAUAUAAACCUUUUGACAGUCUGACCAAUAUGCAAAUAGAAGCUGCAGCACAACAUCAGAGGCUGCAUGAGCUGACCAUAAACAACAGGAGUUACAAAGUGGAUCCUAGUAAAAUGCAGGCUGUCGAUGACCAGGGAAUGUGCAUUGCCCUUCGGCGUAUUGAAAAAGUAGAAGAUAAUCUGACCACCACAAUUCCUGAGGAGUGGGAUGCCAUGGAGGAAACGAUGCGCCUUAAAGUGGUAGAGCUGAAACCAGAAAUGAUGGAAUAUAAAAAAGUCCGGGAUAUGUUUAACCUAACAUGCAAGGAAUAUACCAUUCAAAAGAUUGAGAGGAUACAAAAUCCCUACCAAAUGAAGGCAUACCAAAUUAAAAAGCAGGAGAUGGAUGCUAAAAACGGCAGCAUCAAUAAUGAGAGGCUCCUUUUCCAUGGAACAGACAGUACCUCAGUAACCCACAUAAACAGCACUGGCUUUAACAGGAGUUACGCUGGAUUGCAUGGUAAAUUGUGCUUUAAGGCUGGUUCUUGGGAGCAGCUGCUUCACAAUUUGUCCUAAGCCCCGUUUGGUUUA